CCAUCACACUGGUGGCUGGGGUGGGAGGUUAAUUGUGACCGAGCUUCCUUGAUUUGUUCAGGAAUAAUAGGAUUGGAGCCAGACAAGGAUAGGGCUGGGGUUGGGCGGUAUGAGGUUGGGGACGUUGUCAACCCUGGGUCUCAACUGUUUCCUGUCAGCCUGGCCUAGGUGGUACUGACAGAGGGAGGGAGAAAGGAGUCGGUUCAGUCUAAACUGGGUUCUGGAGUUCCUUGCUUCAGGAUUAAGCUGAAAGGCCAGCCUCUCUGUGCCGUCUAUCAGCCUGGUGUGUCUAGAGCAGUCACAGGGUCCGAACAGAGCAGUGGAAGGCACCGGAGCCCCAUCUACUCCUCUUUCUCUCACUCACAAUACUCCCUCUUUUUCUCUCUUCCUUUCUCCCCCCUUUACCUCCCAGUCUUACAGUAGACUUCCCCUGUACACUCCUGCCCAGAGGAAAGAACAGGGGGAUACGGUUUCCACAACAAUGGAAAUUCAAUCAGGAAAUGGAGAGGAGUUGGAGGUGGUGAGUGGCAAGUCAAUAGUGACCCCGGGGUCCGUUUCCUCCUCGCCAUAUCUCUCUGGCCCUCAGGCAGACGGCACGGACGACCAAGUACUCCGGGAGGACCUCCAGGCUGCCAAGACCAUUGAGAGAUUUGACAUCCCUCUGAGUAGCUUGAAGAGGAUGUUUGAGAAGCCCCCAGGAGCAACAAACACCGAAGUGAGAGCCGUACAGUCCAGCACAUCUAGAAGAGCCCCAGCCAGUAGCUACCAGCUGGACCAGAAGAGCGACUCAUCACCUGGUGAGAACAUGGCCUCAACUCAAGAACCCAGCCUCUCUGCGGGCAGCGCGGGUGGAACCAGGUCAAGACGUCCUGAGGAAAGGGAAGGGGUGGUGAGUCAGAGGAAAGGAGACGGAGGAGCGCCCACCAGCGAGGAGCCGGAGUCCGUGUCACUAAAGGAACGCAUGGCCAUGUAUCAGGCUGCCGUGUCCAAGAAGGAGGCCAGCAGCUCAUCCGCCACGGUUAUGGAGGAGUCUGAAGCCUGUUCUCUGCCAGGGGGUCUGGCCAGCGUGAAGAAACAGUUUGAGAGCCAGGAGUACGCCUCAUCCUCCCAGUCCCAGACCAACAUUACUCAGGUCCACGUAGAAAAGAGAUCCGUGCAGGAGAUGUCCAGCUCACAGGAGGUGACAGUGAAGAGCAGUGUCAGAGAGGUCAUUCCCACCACUCAGCAAGUGGCCUACUUCCAUGACCAGGAGGUGACUUAUGAUCAAAGAGUUCAACAAAGCAACGUGGCCUCCAGUUAUGAAAACCAUUAUGAUGAAACAGUUAAGGUCAUAGGAGGAGAGGACUUACCAAAGGUCUCCACUCAGGCUUUGAAGCAGCAGUAUGAGAAGACGAUCGAACAGGCCACGCCGGGCAAGCAAAUUAAGAUUGAUCUGGAUUAUAACCAGUUUCAAUGGGCACCGGUAAACCAGUCCUCCUCAGCAGCAGCUAUCUAUGAAAGUUUGUCCACUGUGAAACCGUCAUCCAGGGCUUCAGCAGCAACGAGCUAUGAAUCCUCAUCCACUAUGAGGACAGGGGUUGUCUCUUCCUCUAAUGCUGCCUCAGCCUCAUCCAAUAUCAGGACAGGGGUUGUCUCUUCCUCUACCGCUGCCUCAGCCUCAUCCAUGGAUUAUGAGACCGUGGAGCACUUCCCUCCUCCACCCACUGAACUACUGCCCCAGGAGGUCCCUGAGUGCUGUGACUCUCUCCCGCCUCAGGAGCAGGCUGGUCAACAGAGAUACAUCUUCAACAAAGAGCAGUACUCCAAGCAGAGGAACCUCAAUGAGUUGAAGCGCCUGUACAAGCACAUGCACCCAGAGGUUCGGAGGACCAUGGAGAAGGAUUACUUCACCGACGUCACGGAGAUCGAGCAGUCACAGCUGGAUAGUGAAGAUGAGAUGACCGGGGAAGUCCAGCAGGCUUGCUAUGUGUUUGAGAACAGUGGUGGGGAUGAAUGUAUGAGCCCUGAGGGAGAUUACCUGGAGUGGGAUGAGAUCCUUAAAGGGGAGGUGCAGUCCAUGCGCUGGAUGUUUGAGAAUAAGCCGCUGGAUACCAUUAAAGAUGACACCCCAGAUGAGGAUGAUGAAGUGAAGAACAUUGCUGAGCAGGAAAUCAUUGCAGGAAGUGAUGUCAAAUACACAGCAUGGAUGUUUGAGACCCAGCCCAUGGAUGCGCUGCGUGCAGACACCCCAGAAUCCACUGUACAGACAGGGAAAUUGACCGAGCUAGCGAGAGGAGAUGUACGAACAGCCACCUAUCUUUUCGAGACCCAGCCACUGGAUUGUCUGAAUAAAUUCUACCAGGAGGAUGAGCAAGCCUUGGAGGUUGUCUUCACUAAAGAUAUUACAGGAGGGGACGUGAAAACGGCCAGGUAUCUGUUUGAAACUCAACACUUGGAUUCCCUCAGCCACACAGAGACCAUUGAGGAGAGCCACUUCUUGAACCUGAAGUCAGAGCUUGAGGAGAUCAAAGGGGAAGUGAAGACAACCACACGGAUGUUUGAGACCCAGCCCAUGUGUGUCAUCAGGGGCGACUCUGGAAAUAUACUGGAGAUCACCGCCAUCCGCAGGGAGGAGAUGGAGAAAGGAGACGUGAAGACCUCCCGCUGGCUCUUUGAGACCCAGCCUCUGGACAUGAUCAACAAAGACCCUGCCAAGGUGAAGCUGAUCUGUGGAGUCUCCAUGGAGGACAACUCGCAGGGAGGCGUGAACCGGGGGAGGUGGCUGUUCGAGACAAAGACACUGGACUCCAUUAAAGACGAGGAAUGGCAAAGCAUCAGGCAAAAGGAGGAGAUUAUUGGAGCAGAUGUACGGAAGCACUGCUUGGUUUUCGAGACACAGCAGAUGGAUACUCUGAAAGACAACGCCAAUGCCAGACCUUUACCCUCAGAGGAGAUUGUAGGAGGUGAUGUGCGAUCAGCAAAACAUCUGUUUGAGACAGUGCCAAUGGAGAACCUGAAGGAUCUGGCUGAAGUAGGGAAACUUCAGAAGAUGGUUGCGUCCGAGGAGGAGAAGGGUGAUGUUAGACAUCAGAAGUGGGUUUUUGAAAGUCAACCACUUGAAAACAUAAGGGAGGAGAAGAAGGAAAUGACACGCACUAUAAACCUUGAAGAACUUGAUAAGGGCGACGUCACAAAUCACAAGGAAAGAUUUGAAACCUUGGAUUUAAGCAGAUGUGAGGGGGCACAGAGAAUCCAAGUUGAAGGUGUUACCAGUGGGUCUGUGAAAUCAAACAAAGUUCUUUUUGAAUCCACCCCGAUGUAUGCCAUGCAAGACAGCGAGGGACACUACCACGAGGUGAAAACCGUGCGACGUGAGGAGAUAGUAAAAGGAGAUGUUCGCAGCUGCAGGUGGAUGUUUGAAACACGUCCUAUCGAUGAGUUUGAGGAAAGUAUCAAUAAAUUCCAGAUUAUAAAAGGUAUAUCAAAGGAGGAGAUUGAAUCGGGCGAUGUCAAGACUGCCAAGUGGUUAUUUGAAACUCAACCCCUCGAUGGUAUUAAACAUUUUAGCAACACUGAAGAAGAUGAAACUAAGACAAAGGAGAGUGUUGAAAUUGAGAAGGGUGAUGUGAAAACCUGCAGGUGGCUGUUCGAGACUCAACCAAUGGAUAAUCUGUAUGAGAAAGCAGAUAAGGUGAGGAAUGAGACUGAGGUUGAGGAGGUCAACAAAGGGGACGUCAAAACAUGCACAUGGCUCUUUGAGACUCAGAACCUUGAUAACAUCUGUGACCAUUCCGAGUCUGAAUCGGAGACCGUUCUCAAAACCUGCACUGUCAAACAAGAGGACGUCCAAGGCAAAGAUGUGCAUCACGCUCGCUUCCUCUUUGAGACAGAGAACCUGGAGAACCUCACAGGGGAGGAGAGUGGUGCCUUCAGGAGAGUGACUAAGAUUGAUGUCCAGUCUGGAGAUGUGUCUAGGAUGAAGUUUCUCUUCCAGAAUAGGUCUUCAGACAUCAUGACCUCAACCUCAGCUGAAACGAUGCAUAAGCUGAAGACCCUUACGGCGGAGGAAAUUCAGAAAGGAAAUGUAGUGAACAACAUGUGGCUUUUUGAAAACCAACCUAUAGACACUAUCUGUGAGGAUACAGAGGGGGCCAAGGACACUCGCACCGUAACCGAUGUGCUGGGAGGAAACGUUGGUCAAGGACGCUUCGUUUUCGAGACUUACUCUCUUGAUAAAAUCCAAGAGGAGUCCACCGAGACUGAGAUGUCAAAACUCCAGAGCAUCAUCAGGGAUGAUAUAGAGAAAGGGGAUGUGAAAAGCUACACCAUGAUGUUUGAAAAUCAGCCACUGUAUGCAAUCUGUGACAAAGAGGGCCACUACCAUGAAGUUACCACUAUGACAAAGGAAGAAAUCAUGAGCGGAGAUGUGGUGGGGGCACGGUGGUUAUUUGAGACAAAACCUCUGGAUUCAAUAAGGGACACAGACGACGUCUAUGUCAUCAAAUCUGUCACUGAGGAGGACGUCCAGAAAGGUGAUGUCAGCACGGCCAGGUGGAGGUUCGAAACACAACCUCUUGAUGAAAUCGCUGAGGACAUGAAAAUAUUGACUAAAACAGUUGAAGAUAUCCAGGGUGGUGAUGUGAAGACAAACAAACACCUUUUUGAGACAGAUGAACUGUCCCAGAAGUAUGUUAGAACUGUUAGCGUGAGUGAGAUCCAAAAAGGGGACGUCAGGACUGCCUCGUGGAUGUUUGAAACACACAGCAUCGAUAAGAUCCGUGGCGAGGUCUCAGAAUAUGAUGAAAUGGAGACCGUGACAAAAGAAGAAGUGAUGAAAGGAGAUGUCAAACAGUCUGUGUGGCUCUUUGAAAAACAGCCGCUUGACAGCAUUAAAGAGUCAGACGGAACAGAGACUGUUGUCACCCGGGAGGAGAUCCCACAAGCAGAUGUAAAGACAACAACAUGGCUUUUUGAAACCACUCCUUUAACCAAAUUUAAUGAGAACAGUGUAGAAAGAACUGAAAUAAUGGGGAAGAGCAUCAAAGAGACCCUUGAAGAGCUGUAUUGUCAGAAAAUGGUUGACUCACAAGGGAUUCUCAUUGAGACGGAUGAGAUAGGAGAUGUCAGAAUGGCAAAAUAUAGACUCUUGAACCAAGAUGCUCCAGAAAUCCAGAAGGAGGAGGUGAUCAGAGGGGAUCUGAACAAUAUCAUGAUGAACCUCCUAAACAGACGAGAAAUGACAGAGACAGGGAUAGUCAUAGACCAGGACGAGAGAGGCAACAUCAACACAACAGUAAAACAGCUAUUCAACCAAGAAAAGGGAUUCAAUGUUGAGAAGGAGGAAAUCCUCAGAGGCGACAUUCAAGAGGCCAUCAACAACCUACUGAAGGAGGAGGGCUCCUCAAAACGUGGAAUUCUGAUUCAAGAAGAUGAAAAGGGAGAUGUGCGAAUGACUAUAUACUCCCUCCUCAAUAAGGAAGAUGGUGGUGGCAUUGAGAAGGAGGAUAUCAUCAAAGGCAAUGUCAGUAGGACCCUUCACAGUCUCUUGUCCAACCCAGGGUCAGAGGAAUCUAAAAGGAUAAGGGUGGAAGACACUGAGAGGGGUAACGUUAGCUUUUACUCCACCUGUAUUGAAUCUGGGGCACUGGAUUACCUCAAACAACUCCAGUUUGAACCUAAUGAGGAAAAAGAACAGGCGCAGAAGGAGCGUAUUAUUGGCGGCGACGUUAUGGAAACCAAAAUGACACUAAGGAAGAAUCAACAGCAGAUUGAACGCACAGUAGCUGAGGACGAUAUUGUCCCGGGUGAUGUCAACAACACAGUGAAGGUGUUCAUGAUGGAACCUGCUCUCUUGCUGGACAACCUGCAGAAGGAGGAAAUUGUCAAGGGAGAUCUGAGGGCGGCCCUGGACUCACUGACCAAAACUAUUAGCAAGAGAGUUGUGAUAGAGAAAGAGGAAGUGGUGAAAGGGGACCUGCACACCACUCUGAGGUCUUUGGAGGAGGCUCAAAACCAAGCCAAGGAAAUGGAAAAGCCAGAAAUUGUCCGAGGUGAUAUCCGAGGAGCCCUCCAAUCAUUAGAGAAAUCGUCGACCACCAAGACUGAGGUAACUGUUGAGGAUUUAGUGCCCGGCGAUAUCAAAGGCACCUUGAAAUCACUAGAAGAGGCUAAGCAGGCAGUGAAAGAGAUGGAAAAGGAGGAGAUUGUAAAGGGAGACAUUCAUAUUGCGCUGAAGGGUUUGCAUGAGGCCUCGAGUGAGAAAAAGCUUUACCAGCACCAAGUGAGUGAACAGGGGGACGUGAGAGGCACAAUACAGCUGUUACUAGAACCAUCCACAUCCCCCCGAAUGCAACGCAGGGGAAGCACUGAGGGAGAUGUGAAGACCUCCAUAAAAUGCCUCUAUGAAGGGCAGGGGCAGGACCAGGAUGAGGAGCAAUCACAGAUGGAGAAGGAGGAGGUGAUAAAGGGAGAUGUUAAAGGAGCCAUAAAGAAUCUGAUGCAGAGAAAAGAAUAUUCAAAUCGGAAAGUACGAAAGUAUCCUCCCAGGAAAGCUCCUAGAGCUCAUGUGAAAAAUCCAUUACCCACACAGCAAGUGAUGGACCAUGAAUACUCAAAUGUGGCUAAGAAUGAGAACGUCACAGUCAAUCUAGCCCCUGCUGUGAAAAACCUGUCUCAGAGUCAGAGCAGUAAAUCACAGGACACCACACAAAAGCACACUGGGACGUACACCGAGAACAAAUCAGUGAAGAGCAGCAAGACCCUCACCCAAGAGGAACACUCUAUGACAACACAGGUCCAAACAGUCAAUAUUUUGGAGGCCUCACAGCAGGAACAUGUAAAAGAACAGACUGAAGUUAAAGAACAGACACAGAGUGUGAAACAGAAAAUGCAACCCCCUCCUAAGCACAUGAUCAUAAAGAAGAAAAACCUGACCAAUCAGAUGACCGAUAAUACAUCAAUUAAUCAGAUGACAGAGAUUAAAGCAGCCAAUCAGAGGACUGUGAAUAAAGCAGCCAAUCAGAGGACUGUGAAUAAAGCAGCCAAUCAGAUGACUGAGAAUAAAGCAGCCAAUCAGAUGAUUGUGAAUAAAUCAGCCAAUCACAUGACUGAGAAUAAAGCAGCCAAUCAGAUGAUUGUGAAUAAAUCAGCCAAUCACAUGACUGAGAAUAAAGCAUCCAAUCAGAUGAUUGUGAAUAACUCAGCCAAUCAUAUAACUGAGAAUAAAGCAGGCAAUCAGAUGAUUGUGAAUAAAUCAGCCAAUCAUAUGACUGAGAAUAAAGCAGUCUCAGACAUAAAUGUGACGAAAGAAACACAGAGAGAAACACAAGUCUCAGACAUGAACGUGACAACACAGGUCAAAACAGUCAAUAUGUCUGAGUCCUCACAGCAGGCACAUGUUAAAAAACAGGCUGUGAAACAGAGAAUACCACCACCCCCUAAACCCAUCUUCAUAAAGAAGAAAAACAUGACCAAUCAGAUGACUGACAAUACAUCAACGAAUCAGAUAACUGAGAAUGAAGCAGCCUCAGACAUACAUGUGAUGAAAGAAACACAAAGCACAUCUCAAACUAAUAUUGUUUCAAAGCAAACACAGGAAACAAAAACAAUGAAACAGUUGCAAACAACUGUGACAGAACAUAAGACUGUUACACAAAAACACAACGUCAAAAAUCUGAAUACAAAUUUCCGGAACCUGGACGUGAAGAGAAAAGGUAUGAUAAAGAAAGGGACGCCUGAGAUUCAUUUCCCUCCUCCUCCCACGUCCCCGCCUCCACCCUCUGAGUCUGAGAUGUCUCUUCCUCCCCCGCCCUCACCAGUGGCAGGCAGCCCAAUGUCCCUGUCAUGCCAUAGCCCAAUGUUUCCCACAUCCCGUCCCCUGAUUAUGAGACAGGACAGUGACCUUCCGCCUCCACCUCCUCCACCCCCAGCAGAAUGCGGGGAGCCUGACUUUUUCCCUUCUCCCCCACCCCCACCCUCCGAGGCAGGGCAAGACUUUCUUCCUCCACCGCCCUCACAGCAAGAGAUAAACUCAAUGCCACACCAAGUGCCUACACCACCACCUGGAAAGCCAUUUAAAGCUAGGCCUUUAUUCAAAAUCCCAAAAUCUGAGCCACCCAAGAAACCAAUACUGGUCAAACCAAAAUGGCAGAAAAAGCAAGCAGUACCACCACCGCCUCCUCCACCUCCUCAGCCAAUGACAGUUCAGGCAGAACAUAAAGAGGAAGCAGUAGUCAAGGAAGUCAAGAGUGAAAUCGGUUGUAAACAGGUGGAAACUACAAAUACUACCAACACACAGGUUCAAUCUGAUUUUACAGUGUCCAUGACUAAAAUCCCUUCACCAAUCCCAGUGGCAAAACCACAACAGGAAGAGUUGCCACGACCACCUAAAAAGGUAUUCAUCCCUCCAAUCAAAAUACCCCCACCUGCAGAGCCUGCCCCAGUUGCAAAACCUAAACCGUAUGCCAGUAAAUUCAAAACCCCACUAAUGCUUGCAGAGGAAAGGUAUCGUGUGCAAAGAGAGGAGGCUGAGAGAAACAAGUCACAAGACACAACUCCCGCCACUUCACGAGUCACAUCUCCCACCUCUCCUCCAACUAGUAUGAUGCAAAUGAUGGGCUCAACCAAUGUUGCAAGUGAACAACACUCAGUUGCACACAAAACAGAGCAGUCAAAAGUGACCUCAGAGGUAACACAGACUGAGGAAACUCAGUUUAAAAGCAAAGUAUGCAUUUCAUCACAAGAGCCGCCCAUGAAGAACGCUCCAUCACAUAUCCCCCUGAGCAAACCUUUGAUCUCAGUGGGGGAAACGAAAUCAACCUCUGGAUCUGGAAAUAUUUCCUCAGAUAAGAAGCAUAUUACCACUGAUCAGUCCUCUAUGGUCUCUUCUGGGAAAGAACUCGCCUCAUCUGUUGCCUCCAGAAAACAUCAGGCUGUUUCCACUGGCAAGCAUCAGCCUGUUUCAGUCCCUGCUGCUCACCCUCACCAUGAGUCCCACAUUAAAGUCCAUUCUGGCGCUAAUGUGAUUUCAUCCUCAGUAGCUGAGCAGCAGAGUGGUAUGAAUGCUAGCUCACGGUCUAUCAUCUCCACUCAGAGCAUUGUCCAGGAAAAUGUACAUCUUCAAUCCCAAUCCGCCGUCACAUACGAAGCAAAGGAGGAAAAUAAUACUGACGCCUCUCUCACACAGAAAGUUGAAAAAAAUCCAUCUCAGCCCACCAAAAUCAAAAUUCCAAAAGUGACACCAAAUUUCAAGGUGAGAACUGUGAAGUUGCCGACAGAGAAGGAGGGGGAUAAAAGUGAGGUGGUGGAAAAAGAUCAACGAGCAGUGAAAAAUGAAUUACAUGUACAUCAAAUGGGUAUGGAGACUAUUUCUAAGAGUGAGACCAGAGUAGUUCAGGAGAGCACGCAGAUGGCCACCAGUAGCUCAGCAAAAAAUGAAGUAAAGGUGGCGACGAAUGUGAUACAGGAGAAAGCUGAGGAGGUUGAGAAAACUGCAGCUGCCAAGGAAACAAUGCUGGAGAUCCAAAGGACAACAAAGGCAAAGCAGAAAGGCAUUAAAGUCCCUUUUCCCAAAGAGCCAAAGCUAGUUCCCAUGCCAGUAGCUCAGGCUCCAGGGCACUGCCACAUAUCUGUCUCCCAUAGUCAACAGAGCAUGCAGGAACAUCACAUUCAGAAGCAGGAGCAAGUCAUUGUUAAUGAGAGAGUAGUUCAACAGAGCUUCCAGAAACAGGAACAGCAGGUUCGCACACAGAAGCAGCAGGUCAAGUCUUUCCAACAACAAGGAGAAGUAAGCAAAAUGCAGCAGCAUCAAGAGAGGUCGAAGGCAGAGUCUACGGCUGUCUCCGUGAACAUUGCAGGGAAGGCAGCAGCACAGACAGAAGCAGCUCAAUCAAUGGCGGAAAGCUCAGCUCAAUCAGUGGAGAGCACAGAUUCAGAGAAAUGUGUAAUGGUACAGAAGCUGCUAUUUAACAUUAAGCAGCUUCAUCCAGGGAAAAUGGAUUCAAACUCAGUGAGGACAAUACUUAGUGAGGUCCCUGUCUGGUUGAUGAGGGCGGAGGAAAAGCGUGAUUUAACACAGGUUGCUGUUCAGCAGAAUAAGAAGAAGCUCACAGAGAUCAUUUUCCAUGUGAGAAACCUAGCACAAGCAAAACUUGUAAACUUAGAAGGACAAAUGGCAGCCAUGGCAAAACAGGAUAGAGAACCAGCACCUGCAUCAUCACCUGCACCACCAACUGCACCAGCAUCUGAAAAUAAAGGAUUUGGAGGAGCAACAGCCAAGAUAUCUAAAACAAGCAUUGGCUCAUCAAGAGUCGAAACCCAUAAGAAAGUGGUUGAGAAGAAGAAGAUCUCUCGUGAGAGCAAAAAGCCGGAGCUGACUGAAGUAAAAGGUCCUGAUCCCAGAGUUCCCUCUCCUAUGCUUGCAACGCGAACACCUUCACCUACCUUCAUCAGCAUUGAAUCAGUGAGGAGAACAGACUCACCCCUCAUGGUGACCCCCUCACCUCCUCCGUCAUACAGGUCUGGUGCCACCCCAACCCCACCACCUCCCCCUCCCCGCACCCCUACCUCUCGGUUCUGUAGGGCCACACCCUCUCCCACCUUGAGCAGCUCAGAGAAGCUAGCCAAGUUGAAGGACACCACUGCGAAGCUCUCUCGGGGCAUGACCCCUCCCCCACCCAUGCCUGAGUUUCUGACCACAGAGCAAGCCUCUGACAGAGAGGAUUCCCCAGCGCUGAUUGAACCUGAGAUCCACAUGCAGACACAGGAGAUGGAGACUGGGACGACGACUCCGGAUGUGGCUGAUAUGGAUGACUCCAUGAUGACUGUCAGAGACAAGAAGUUCUUCUUUGAGGAAGCUCAGAAGGCAGAGGUGAGCAGGACAUACAUGCGGAAGGACCCCAUUGAAAUCCCGGAGCGCCUGGGUCCAGAGGAUCUAGAGGAAGUUCCUGAGGGUGUGAAUAUAGACAUAAUGAAAGAGGAUCUCCCUAGGCUUGACCUGUCAAAGCUGGUCAAUCAAUUUGAAUCACCACAACCAAAGCUGUUCAUCAGAAAAGAUCCCAUGAUCAUCACAGAUAGACUGGGAAGUGACACUGAAGAUCCAGAGGCAGACCCCAAAACGCCAAAAACUGAUGAAAAACCUGCCUUUAACAUCAAGGCCAUCAAGAAUGCCUUUGACUUGGGUGAUCAUAAUGCUCUCAAAGAAGUGAGAGAGAAACAAGAGGAGAGAGAGAGGAGAGAAUCAGAGUCUGCCGAACCGACGGGGCAUUCCGAAACAAAGUCCGUCACUGAGGAGUUCUCUGGCAUGGAUGAAUUUGGCAACAUAACAAGCGGGGUGAGGAGCGAGACCAGCAUGCACUCUGAGAGCCACAUGACCCGCCCCCUCCCUCCCUCCUAUGCCGACGUGGUGAAAGGGACGGUUGAAGAGAUGGCAGUUCCUGUGAAGGCCGCCACAGAGGACGUACUGAAGAGCUUCAACCAGUCCUGGGCCGAAACAGAGAGUGUGUUCCAGAAUCUGGGAUUCAGUGUCUCAGAACAGAGGACAUCACAGAUUGUAACACACCAGCAGGAGACUGUCGUGACGGAAAAUUCGAGUUCCAGAGUCCGAACUGUGCACGGUGUGUCGGAAGAGGGUGUAUCCGAUGGAGUGUCUGGUCGCAGACAAACACAAUUUCCAUAAAAGCUGCUUCCGCUGUGAGCACUGCAGUGGCAAACUAAGCCUUGGCAACUACGCCUCUCUCCAUGGACGAAUGUACUGCAAGCCACACUUCAAACAACUGUUCAAGUCCAAAGGAAAUUAUGACGAAGGAUUCGGACAGAAGCCUCACAAAGACCUUUGGAGUGCUAAAAAUCAAGAGU